AUGGGUUCACCAUUUACUAUGGUUUUAGCAAAUAUUUAUAUGUUAGAAUGGGAGCAAAAAUUAAUUCAACACCAAAAUAGACAUCAUGAAAUUUAUGGACGAUAUAUUGACGAUGUAUUUAUGACAACUAAUUUCUCCAAAGAAGAUAUUCUGAAAGAACUUGAUGAAACCAUUAGAACAGAUUCAAAUGUUAAAAUUACUACUACUAUCAGUCAAUCAUUAGAAUAUCUUGAUGUUACUAUUGAAAAUAAUAAUGGACAUUUAAAGAUAUCUAUUUAUCAUAAAUCAGCUUCAGAACCCUAUAUUCUACCUUAUGAAUCUGAUCAUCCAAGACACAUUCAUGCGAAUAUAAUUUAUACUGCAUUAGUGCAAGCUGCACGUAGCUGUUCCACUAUGGAAGAUUUUGAUAUGGAACGAUUAAGUACGGAAAUGAUAUUACUAUAUAGUUAA